GCCAGACUCACCCUUACAAGAAUGAAUCGGUUCUCGCAUCGAUUCUACGUGACAACACUCAAGUCUCUUCUUUCUUUGCUUUGCUGAGGGCGUCCCCAUCGACUAUCCUGCCUCAAAUGCGGAAUGUUCAUGUUCUAGGGGAACCGUUCUUGACCAGUAGAGAGCAAGAAGCUGGGUUUUUGGUCGUCUUCAUGGGACCACUAAACGUCAAUUGACUGGCCAGGGACUAGCUUGGAUCAUGCUGGGAUUCGGCAACCAGUGUGAUAAACGCGAUUUGCUGUGGAGCAACAGAAGGUAGGAUCGUUGUUUAUCCAACGCGCCGUCUUAAUUGACCCCAGGAUCUCUAAACAAGCAAAGUCGAGAUAAGGUUGCACAAAUACUCAAUAUGCUGCUGGGAUUCGAGCACUUCUGACAUUCCUCCCAUAUUGCAACUUCUACGGCGGCCGAUAUGUGGUCCCUCUUUGUCCCUCUGCUUUUCAUCUGGCUGGAGCUGGCCGCCACCCAGUACUUCCCACCAGCACCAAAGAAUGUGACCAGGGUCAACUCAAAGCUUCAGGAGGGUGUCUCGAUCUCCUUCAAAGAGCCUGGCAUUUGCGAAACCACGCCUGGAGUCAAAUCAUAUGCUGGAUACGUCCAUCUGCCGCCAGGCGUCGUGGAUGACCUGGGUGUCUACCAGAAUUAUACUAUAAACACCUUCUUCUGGUUCUUCGAAUCGAGGAAAGAUCCUUCGAAUGCGCCGCUUUCAAUAUGGUUCAACGGUGGCCCUGGAAGCUCAUCCAUGAUCGGUCUUUUGCAAGAGAACGGACCAUGCAACAUCAAAUACGACUCCAACUCCACAACGCUCAAUACUUGGUCCUGGAACAACGAGGUCAACAUGCUCUACAUCGAUCAACCGAACCAAGUAGGCCUGAGUUAUGAUACCCUGGCGAACGGCACACAGGAUCUUUUAGACCCAAGCGGUGACGUUGUCAUCGACGACUUCUCCUCAGAUAUUCCCAAGCAGAAUAACACCUUCCUCGUCGGGACAUUCCCAACACAACUACUCAACUCGAGUGCGAACGGAACGACCAACGCAGCCAGAGCUCUUUGGCAUUUUGCUCAAGUCUGGUUUCAGACAUUUCCUGACUACAAGCCUAAUGACAACCGAAUCAGCAUCUGGACCGAGAGCUAUGGCGGCCAUUACGGUCCAGCAUUUGCCGCUUUCUUCGAAGAACAAAAUCAGAAGAUCGCCAAUGGUACCUGGACUGACGCUGGAGAAACCUAUGAUAUUCACCUUGAUACCCUUGGCAUCAUCAACGGCUGCAUCGACGUCCUUGUUCAAGAACCAAGCUAUCCCGAAAUGGCCUACAACAACACCUACGGUAUCGAAGCGAUCAAUCGUACUGUCUAUGACGCAGCAAUGAACAGUUUCACCAAGCCGGGUGGCGUACGAUAUCUCAUUGAGACGUGCCGAGCACUUGCAGCUGAGGGAGACCCCGAGAACCAGGGCAAUAACGCAACAGUCAACGACGCUUGCUCGUUCGCAAACGAUGCUACUUGGUACGUUGAAGGUCCUUACGUCGCCAACUCAGGCCGAAAUUACUACGACAUAGCAGCAGUCGAUCCUGAUCCUUUCCCACCAAACUACUAUAUUGGCUACCUCAAUCAGCCUCAUGUACAAGCCGCGCUCGGAGUUCCUAUCAACUACACAAACCCAGGUGGAAACUCCGCGUACUACGCAUUCCAAGAUACCGGGGACUAUCCACGUGGAGGAUAUCUGCAGGACCUGUCAUAUCUCAUCGACAACGGGAUUAAAGUGGCAAUGGUCUACGGAGACCGAGACUAUGCGUGCAAUUGGAUCGGAGGGGAAGCGGUGUCCCUUGCUGUCAACUACUCUCAUACCUUUGACUUUGCGGCAGCAGGAUAUGCCAAUAUCAGCGUCAAUUCCAGCUACGUCGGUGGUCUGGUCAGGCAGUACGGUAAUUUCAGCUUUUCUCGCGUCUUCCAGGCAGGACAUGAGGUCCCAGCUUACCAGCCCGAAACGGCUUAUGAGAUCUUUCGCCGUGCGCUCUUCAAUUUGGACAUUGCUACCGGCAAGAAGGAAACGGCGAAAAACGCAAGCUUUGCAACGACAGGUCUUCCGGAUACUUGGUCCGUGAGAGAUGUUUCUCACAUCAGCCGGGAUCAUAUUUGCUAUUCACUUGCUCCAACGUCGUCCUGUACGGAUGAACAGCUCCAUAGCAUUAUCGAUGGUUCGGCAUUGAUCUCGGACUACAUACUUGUCGACAAUUAUACGAUGAACCAGUUCCCAGGUCUAACGAACGGCACAGGUAACAAUGGCGCAGGCGGGAAUGGUGGGGGUGGCAACGAUAGUGGCAGCGGAAGCGGUUCUGGAGGGAACACUGACAACAGUGCCGCAAGCAUUGGGAUGAGUACUGCUUUGUGGCUGAUGAUAACGGCCGCAACGGUGGCUGCGUGCUGCUUUUGAAGACACUCCUGGUGACUGAGGCUUGCUAGCGUUGACAAUGCUCAUGCCGAUGCUACAAUAUGUACAAUACCACCCUGCCAGAUGCAAAAUGCCGAUUUUGGCCAGUGGCUUCCUCAAUCGCCAGGGCACAUCUCAUGACAAAUGCUCGAGCUCAUUUAUUCUUG